CCAAAGAAAUGAACCAUCUAAACCUUUCUCUCUCCAUCCUCCUUCUCUGUUUCCUCUUCCUCUCCGUUUCCUCAACUGAUGCCGAUGAUCUCAUGAUCCGCCAAGUAGUCGAUGGAGCCUCCGAGUCCUCCAAGAUCCUCUCCUCUGAACAUCACUUCUCUCUCUUCAAGAAAAAGUUCGGCAAAGUCUACGCAUCCAGCGAAGAGCACGACUACAGAUUCUCCGUUUUCAAAGCCAAUCUCAGACGAGCGAGGCGUCACCAGAAGCUUGACCCUUCUGCACGUCACGGCGUCACACAGUUCUCGGAUCUGACUCGUUCUGAGUUCAAGAAGAAGCAUCUUGGGGUUAGAGGAGGGUUCAAGCUUCCUAAGGACGCUAACAAGGCUCCGAUUCUUCCUACGGAGAAUCUCCCUGAGGAGUUUGAUUGGAGAGAACGUGGUGCUGUUACUCCCGUCAAGAAUCAGGGAUCGUGCGGUUCUUGUUGGAGUUUUAGUGCAACGGGAGCUCUUGAAGGUGCUAACUAUCUUGCGACAGGCAAACUUGUUAGCCUUAGUGAGCAACAGCUCGUUGACUGUGAUCAUGAGUGUGAUCCAGAAGAGGCAGGUUCAUGUGACUCUGGUUGCAACGGAGGCCUCAUGAACAGUGCUUUUGAAUACACACUGAAAACCGGAGGGCUAAUGAGAGAAGAAGACUAUCCUUACACAGGAAAGGACGGUCCUACCUGCAAGUUAGACAAGUCCAAGAUCGUUGCAUCAGUCUCCAACUUCAGUGUCAUCUCCAUUGAUGAAGAACAGAUUGCUGCAAACCUUGUCAAGAACGGGCCUCUUGCUGUAGCCAUCAACGCCGCAUAUAUGCAGACUUACAUUGGAGGAGUCUCGUGCCCUUACGUAUGCAUGAGGAGGCUCAACCACGGUGUGUUAUUGGUGGGUUAUGGAUCGGCUGGUUACGCUCCGGCUAGGUUCAAGGAGAAGCCUUACUGGAUCAUCAAGAACUCGUGGGGUGAGACUUGGGGUGAGGAUGGUUAUUACAAAAUCUGCAGAGGCCGUAACGUUUGUGGCGUUGACAGUCUUGUCUCCACCGUUACAGCCACUGUUGCACCCAGCGUCCAUUAGUUAAGGCAGCUCUUGUUUUAAUAAAUUUAACUUAUGCUGGUGAUUUGUGUGAGCGAGGACUCUUUGCUUUGACUCCCUAUUUCUCUCUGCUUUUUUUAAAUGGAAGAUGAAGUUUGUAUUGUAAAUAAAAUGCAUUUUCUCGAUGAAAAAAAACCAAUACAGUGACCAAACUGACCAUUGCUGCUGAUUUGAGUUGGUGAACGCACAGCAUUCUUGUAUGGGCUUGGUAAUCAGUUUCAGUACCUAUGGGCUGUUAUCUAUUAAUCUAUUUGAUAAUUAAGCCUUAA